CGAGCGAUAGGUUAUUGGAGUUGAACAUUAUUUAACAGAGAGAGAGAGAGAAGGACGCGGCACAGUAACGGGGAAGGACUUAUUUUAUUUCCCCUCAUCCUCCCCUUUAGUAUUUUAGGAAGCCUGACAGCAUUUGGAAUGACGUCUCGCAGGUGGUUCCACCCCAACAUCACCGGGAUCGAGGCGGAGCAGCUGCUCCUCACGCGGGGCGUCCACGGAAACUUUCUGGCCCGGCCGAGCAAGAGCAACCCGGGGGACUUCACUCUCUCAGUCAGGAGGAACGAUGAGGUCACCCACAUCAAGAUCCAGAACACGGGGGACUACUACGACCUGUACGGCGGGGAGAAGUUCGCCACGCUGGCGGAGCUGGUGCAGUACUACACCGAGCAGAUCGACCUCCUGCGAGAGAAGAACGGCGACGUCAUCGAGCUCAAGUACCCCCUCAACUGCAAGGACCCCACCUCCGAGAGGUGGUACCACGGUCACCUUUCUGGGCGGGACGCGGAGAAGCUGCUGACGGACAAGGGGAAGUCCGGCAGCUUCCUGGUGCGGGAGAGCCAGAGCAAGCCGGGAGACUUUGUCCUGUCUGUCCUCACCAACGAGGAGAAGCAGGAGAACGUGGAGCGCAGGACCAAGGUCACCCACGUCAUGAUCCGCUAUCAGGACGGAAAAUACGACGUGGGCGGGGGAGAGAGGUUCGACACCCUGGCAGACCUGGUGGAGCACUACAAGAAGAACCCCAUGGUGGAGAAGAGCGGGAUAGUCGUGCACCUCAAACAGCCCUUCAAUGCCACCAGGAUAAAUGCGGCGAACAUCGAGAACAGGGUGCGGGAGCUGAACAAGGUGCCCGACAACUCGGAGAAACCAAAGCAAGGAUUCUGGGAGGAGUUUGAGAUGCUUCAGCAGCAGGAGUGUAAGCUGCUCUACCCCAGGAAGGAGGGCCAGAAGGCCGAAAACAAGAGCAAGAACAGAUACAAGAACAUCCUGCCGUUCGACACCACGCGCGUGGAGCUCAGGGGGGUGGACCUGGACGUGCCCGGGUCCGACUACAUCAACGCCAACUACAUCAGGAGCAAGCAGGAGGAGGGCCGCCUCGCGGAGGAGUGCAAGGUCUUCAUCGCCACCCAGGGCUGCCUGCAGAACACCGUCAACGACUUCUGGAAGAUGGUGUACCAGGAGAACACGCACGUCAUCGUCAUGACGACCAAGGAGAUGGAGAGGGGGCGGAACAAGUGUGUGCGCUACUGGCCGGAUGUGGACGGCACGAAGGAGUUUGGCGUGCUGACUGUGAGGAACUUGGCGGAGAGGCCGGCUCAGGACUACAUUCAGAGAGAGCUGGAGAUCACAUGCCUGGACAGGGAUGAGCCGCCCCGGGCCAUCUGGCACUACCAGUACCUGAGCUGGCCGGACCACGGGGUCCCGAACGAGCCCGGGGGGGUCCUGAGCUUCCUGGAGCAGGUGAACCGAGCGCAGGACUCCAUCCCGGACACCGGCCCCAUAGUGGUGCACUGCAGCGCAGGCAUCGGGAGGACUGGCACCAUCAUUGUCAUUGACAUCCUCAUUGACAUCAUUAGCAGGCAAGGGCUGGACUGUGACAUCGACAUCCCCAAGACCAUCCAGAUGGUGCGUCGGCAGCGGUCGGGGAUGGUGCAGACGGAGGCCCAGUACAAGUUCAUCUACAUGGCGGUGCAGCAGUACAUCGACACGGCCCAGAAGCGGCUGGAGGAGGAGCAGAGAAAUAAAACGAAGGAGAGGGAGUACUCCAACAUCAAGUACCCACAGACUAACGCCAAGAUGAAGGCCAACAUGACCAGCUCACGGUCCUGCUCUGCGGUGCACGACGACUCCUCAGCCGUCUACGAGAACCUGAACAUCAAAAACCCAAAGCCUGCUGGGAGCAGUAACACCAGGAGAUGAGUCACGUGGGCGGGGCCACAGCCUCUCGUAGAGGCAGUUUCGCAGUAUGGAGAUGGCAUCUCGCUGGUUUGGAGGAUCUUGUGGACCUAUGGACUGCUAGACCCCAGUAAAGUGCAGCAAGAGCUGAGGACAGUAGCGUCCCAGCAGCCAAUCACAGAAAGGAAUGAGUCGCCCCAGCAACACAGCAUGGUGACCGCCGCCCCCUCCCUUCACAGGGCACCUCCCUCCUGUCUGUCCAUCUGUCUCCAUCUCACUGGCUUGCGUUCGCAAAUGAAGUGCCUAUACUGCAGAACAAUUUGUUAACCCUGCCCCAAACCGACCCCUCUUGACCCAAAAGCAAAAAUCACAACAACAAAAAACAUACACACAACAAAAAGCUAAGCAGUGUAAAGAAUAAGCUGUCUGUGUUUUACUGAUCUUUAAAAAUAGCCAAACUACUGGUUCACUCUUUUUUUUGUUGUUGUAUUUCUAUUGAAUGCUCUGUAAGUGCGGGAAAAAUAGCAAAAAAUAUAUAUGAUUAUAUAAGUACAUUAUAAAUAUAUGAAUUAUAUAUGUAUAUUUGAUAUGUGUGCGUGCGUGGGCGCGUGCGCCUGCGUGAGUGUGUGUGUAUGUGCGUGUGUAUCAUGUGUGCAUGUGUGUGUGUGCGUGUGUGUGUUUAUAGUGAUAUAGUGUAUCCUUGGGAAGCAAAGGAUGAAGCAUGGCUCUUUCUGUGUGAGUCGGCUCUGCCUAACUGACACAUCUACUGUAACCAAAGACCUCUGGCUUGAUAACCUCCAAAUCCUGCUUAGAAACGUUUGGAGCAGAAGCACAGCAAUUUGCACUUUUUUUUGCAAAGAAAAAAAAAAAAAGAAAGAAAAUGUAACAGUUGUAACAUGUAGUAAUUAAUAUGCCCAAUAAUCCUUGUG